UUCAUAUAAUCUCCAACAAACCCUUAUGAUGAUUGAUCUGCAAUACUACUUUAUACCUUUCUUACUAUGGCUUGGACUCACAGUAUUAUUUCAAGCCAUCACCAGCAAAUUCCGAAACAAGCGGCCGCUUCCACCGAGCCCACCGGCUUUACCAAUCAUCGGUCACAUGCACCUCCUUGGUCCUAUAGCUCACCAAUCACUUCAUAAACUUGCCACCCGAUAUGGACCCUUGAUUUAUCUCUUCAUCGGGUCGAUUCCUAACCUCAUUGUUUCAACACUCGAUAUGGGAAAAGAGGUCCUCAAGGACAAUGAGUUCAACUUCUUGAACCGACCAACAAUGGCUAACGUUGAUUACCUAACAUACGGCUCUGCUGAUUUCUUCUCGGCGCCUUAUGGGAGUCACUGGAGAUUCAUGAAGAAAAUAUGCAUGAUGGAACUCUUCAGCAACCAGACGCUGGAGAGCUUUGUUCCCUUAAGAAGGGAAGAUUUAAGGAAGUUUUUGAUGUUUCUACUGAAGAAAGCAGAAGAAGGUGAGAGUGUUAAUCUAGGGAACAGACUAAAGAUACUGACAAACAACGUGGUGACGAGAAUGAUGUUCAGAGGGAGGCAUCCGAAUAGGGAAAGCGAAAGAGAGGAAGUGGUCAAAGUGGUGACUGAGUUGAACGAGUUAGCCGGGUUUCUCAACUUGUCUGAAACGUUUUGGUUCCUGAAAAAGCUCGACAUACAAGGACUAAGGAAGAGGCUUAAAGAAGCUCGUGACAAGUACGAUGCAAUAAUAGAGAGAAUAAUGGAAGAGCACGAAGACGCUAGGAGGAAGAUAAAGGAAACGGGCAGUGGAAGCGAUGCAGGGGUGAAGAACAUGCUUGACAUCUUACUAGAUGUAUACGAAGACGAGCAUGCAGAGAUGAAGCUGACAAGAGAAAACAUAAAGGGUCUAAUCAUGAACAUAUACGGCGGGGGAACAGACACAUCAGCCAACACCGUAGAGUGGGCGAUAGCCGAACUGAUCAACCACCCCGAGAUCAUGAAGAAAGCACAACGAGAGGUCGAUGAAGUUGUGGGAAAAAACAGAGUAGUAGAGGAAAAAGAUGUGUGUAAACUCACAUACCUUCAAGCCAUCGUAAAAGAAACUCUAAGGCUGCACCCGGGAGGCAUAUUCGUUAGAGAAGCCGCUGAAGAAUGCGUUGUGGCUGGACAUAGAAUACCUGCAAGAACAAGAAUCAUAGUUAACUUGUGGGCUAUAGGAAGAGACCCGAACCAAUGGGAAGAUCCCUUUGAGUUUAAGCCCGAGAGGUUUCAUGGGACGGAAUGGAACGUUUUGGGCGACAAGACGAUGAUGUUUGGGAGCGGGAGAAGAAGCUGUCCUGGCGAAAAGAUGGCCCUACGCUUCGUUCCCACCGUUCUUGCUGCACUGAUUCAGUGUUUCGAGCUGGGAGUGGACGGGGCUGUUAACAUGGAAGAAGGGCCUGGAUUCACUAUCCCUAGAGCCAAACCUCUCGUGUGUGUUCCCAUGGCCAGGCUUCAACCAUUUCCACACGAAAACUAAGGCCAGUUCUUGUAAUUAAAAGGGUUUUAUGUAUCAUGAUUUCUGUCUUCUCAGACCAAAACCUUAAGCUGUAUCAAUGCAUAUAUUCUUCUGGUCUAAGGGUUGGAAUUUAAUGCAAAUCGAAAUCAGAUCCUCGAGCC